UGUCUUAAUUUUUAACGCCUGUAAUAACUUGUAAAUUAUUGUACUUGAAAGAUUGCUUCUUGGCCAAUUGAAGUCAUAUUUAUGGUAUUAAUGUAUGUGUUAGAACAUAAUUCCGGUCGACGGAAUCGACACAUAUAAAGUCCUAUAUAUACUAUAUUUUUUAAUGGAAGGCGACCUCCCAGUCAGCUUGCACUCCAAGCUUCUGCUUGAGCCUACCGGCAGACGUUUCUCUUCCAUACAAGAAGAGUAUUAAGAUCGACAAAUUCUAAAAAUCUCCAAAUAGGGUGGACUAUCGAGGCCAUAAUGAUAAUUAAUAACGAUGACGUGAUGCCUAAAUAAAUUAUAUCCUUGCUAAGAGAAUUUCUACAUCAUUGUACCUUAAAACUAUAGUUGUUAUAACCGUAAUAAGUAACAGCUUAUGUAAGAGAACAAUAGCAGCAAAGCAUUGAAUUUUCUUACCCAUUGUGAUACACCUGAGUCUACAGUGGCGCACUUGUCAUGAAAGUUGGCCAAUUUGAGAUAAGAAUAGUAAGAAUGUUGGAUUAUAUUAACUAAAUUUACGAGAUAUGGAGAAAAUUGUAAUAACAGUGUAUUUGAAUUGUCUUGUAUUAAUUGCAACCGAACAAUAUCCGCCCUAUUAUCAAAAUCAAAUGCCUUACGACUACACAGAUGUCGAUUACGAGGACUACGAGGAGUCUAAUGAAUGCGCCUGCACUUGCCAACGCUGUGAAGACAUAAAACCAUGCUGCAGAAACACGUGCAACAACUGCUUCCAACCUUCCAUCGUGAUGGUUCCCUAUCCCUACCCACUUAUAAUAUCAACGAAAGAAAAAGAAACAACUACAGCGCCAUCAACACAAGUAACGACUACUCCUGUACAACAAGAAACAACAUUAGCGCCACCUUCACCAACAGAAUUACCAACUACAGACAUCCUUAGAAACAAUGAAGCGUACAUAAAUGAUAUUAUAGCCAGAACACCGAAUUUGAAUAAAAAGAAUAAGUUUGUGUUAACCAAUCUAAGACGUACAAAGCCCGAAUGGGUACCGAAGUAUGGCAUUGUACCCAUACCGGAUAAUUUGGCAGAGAAGUUAAUGCUCCAACUGCGGAGCAUGCGUGUGCUACAUCCAAAGAAAGAGACGUUUAAACCUAGUGCAACACUGUCUUCGUUGGAGAAGAUAAUAUAAAGAGUGUUAUUUACAUUUUCUAUUAAUGUAAUUUUUUUUAUUAUUUUGUAAUAUUAAUUGUAACUAAAGCUAAAUAUUUGGCUGUUUGGAUAAGAUUAGAAUUAUACACUUACGAUUCAUCUUAAUUCUAAUCACAAUCAAACACAAGCACUAAAAUCACUUCACAUUGGUAUAGCGAUAGAUUUUUCGGCAAUUCAGAAUUCAGUGUGACCUUUCAGGAGGCGAUGCGUGUGUGUUAUGACUGUGUGGUGACCCCUCACCAGUCACAACGAUAUUUUUAGAGUUGAAAGUUCGACGGUUCAAGCGAUUCCGUGGCUUCCUUAUUUACGCUUUAUUUGCAU